UAGCGUACAAUUAGCAUCAUUAGGAACCGACCCUCCGGCUAAUAGGGGAACGGCGACCAACAACGGUUUUAAGUCCCGGAGGGUACAAUGUUCGCUAAACUCUUCCAGCAGUGGAGUUUUGCAGUGUUCCUGCUGAGUUAUUCCGUGCCCUCCUACGGGAGAUCAGUAGAGGGGAUCAGCCGCAGACUCAAACGGGCUGUAUCAGAGCACCAGCUAUUGCAUGACAAGGGCAAGUCAAUCCAAGACUUACGAAGAAGAAUAUUCCUUCAAAAUUUAAUCGAAGGUGUCAACACUGCAGAGAUCCGUGCAACGUCAGAGGUGUCACCUAACCCUAAACCUGCCACCAACACGAAGAACUACCCUGUCCGGUUUGGCAGUGAAGAUGAGGGCAGAUACCUAACUCAGGAGACAAACAAAUCACAGACCUACAAGGAGCAGCCCCUGAAGGUCUCAGGGAAGAAAAAGAAAGCAAAGCCUGGAAAACGUAAGGAACAAGAGAAGAAAAAGAGGCGAACCCGCUCAGCUUGGCUAAGUUCUGGCAUGUACGGAGACGUCGUGACCGAGAGCCCACUCUUGGACAUCUCUGUUACUACACAUAAUCAAACUUUAAGGAGGCGCUGAUGUUUUCAGCAAGAGAUAUUUGGAAGACACAUUGCAGUAUUCUGUAAUAGUGAACAUAUGGGAAGUAUUAAAAUAUUUAUUAUCUGUAAAUAUUGUAAAUGCUCAGAAUAAAACCUUUUCCCCCCAUUGCUCUCUGAAACUGCACAUUUGGUUAUUGUGAAUUUUCCUUUUUUUUUUUUUUUUUUUUUUUUUUUGGCUAAGGCUGAGACAAUUAUUAUUGUCACAUUUACCAUAAUUUAUUUUGUUGACUGGUGUAUUUAUUUUGUGAACGUAUCUUGGUGCUGCUGACUUUCUAUAUUUUUUGUAACAUAAUGCACUUUAGAUAUACAUAUUGAGUACAUUGAUAACUGACAUAAAAUGUUCCUGUUUUGUGGUUGAUUUCAAUGAAUGCCUACAUACAAUUGUUCAAACUGAUUUUCUUUUGUGCAUGUAUAAUAGCAGUAUUUUAAAAUUUGUAAAG